UUCUUGAUCUUCCUUUUUACACUCGCUCGUUGGCCUUGAACUGCACAGUGAUCCCGCUCCUGUCGACUCAUCCCAUCAACCCCUUCGCGCCACGUCCGCCAGGCCCGUCGCCUCGUUACCGCACCAAUGUACCUCCCUAUCAGAGAAGAUGCUGCCGCCCCGCCGGUAAACCCUUUCAAGCUUUACCACUAUGACCCUAGCAUCGCGGGCGCCGUCGUCGUGCUUCUACUGUUUCUCGGCACCACGGCCCUGCAUUUCUGGCAGCUGUUUCGGGCCCGAUGUUGGUUCAUGCUGCCGUUGGCUAUUGGCGGUAUCUUCGAGUUCGUCGGGUACGCCGCUCGUGCGAAGUCGGGCGCCGAAAGCCCCAACUGGACGCUGGGUCCAUACAUCAUCCAGGCGAUUCUGCUUCUUGUCGCACCGGCGCUGUUCGCUGCCACCAUCUACAUGCAGCUCGGCCGGAUCAUACUGCUCUUGCAUGGCGAGUCCCGGGCAUUGAUCAAGAAGAAGUGGUUGACCAAGAUAUUUGUCACUGGGGAUGUGCUGUCAUUCUUUUUGCAAGCAGGGGGCGGCGGAUAUCAGGCCACUGGGACUCUUGAAGCCCUUAACAACGGAGCAACUGUCAUCAUCGUGGGCCUGUUUGUGCAGCUCGUCUUCUUCGGCGUCUUCAUGGUCGUCGCCGUGGCCUUUAUCCUCUCCAUCCGGCGGGCGCCAACCUCCCAGUCACAGACGCACUCGUCGAUCUGGCGGCGCCAGAUGUUUGCCCUAUGCGUGGGAAGUAUGCUCAUUAUGGUCCGCUCAGUAUUCCGCGCCAUUGAGUAUCUGCAAGGCUUCGACGGAUACCUUCUCAGCCACGAGGCGUACCUCUACGUCUUCGAUGCGGUGCUUAUGUUCCUGGUUAUGGUGCUCUUCAACUACAUUCAUCCAUCCGAAGUGGCAGAGCUCCUUGUCCGGGAAGAUCGGGAGUGGAAGAUGGGAAUCCUCCCUGACAACCGCUACGAUACGCGCCUGGAUUCCGAUUCUUGAUGAGCGAAGUUACCUAUCCUUUGUAACAGGCUGGGGGGCGGAUUUUAGGCAGAGCCUGGCAUGUAUGGAAGUAUGUCGGUUGGGAUCUUCUAGAAGGGGCACGGCGUUUU